AUGCGAUUUAAAACCGCCUCACUACUACUACUCGCGUCGAAAUUCUGCUUGGCUGAUGACCAGAUAUCACAUCCGCUGCUUGACUUUGCUGACUUUGGCGGCCAGAUUGGUGUUUUUGGCUCCUUUUCCAGCCUAUCGUUCUACGACUAUGCCAACGCCUCCGCUUUUCUUAGCCCGAGUGACAGCUCGCAGUCAUUGUAUCUCCGCAACAUCAGCUCAGGCGCCAGCUCGAAAAUUGCAUCUGUCUCAGGUGGAUCCGUCUCCCUGCUACAGCAAAUUGGAGUAGAUUCUGUUCUCGUGUCGGGCGAUUUUUCCACAUUCAACGACGAGGACUACACGCCUCCAAUCAUCUACAAUGUCUCUUCUGGCGACGUUGUUGCCAUCUUCUCUAGUCUGGCUAAAAGAGACCAAACCAUUUCGGGAUCGGUCAAGACAACUUUAGUCGACGGAGAACUCAUUUACAUGGGUGGAGAUUUCGAGUACAACAAUACAUACGGCGCCGCAGUUUACAACAUCACGUCCAAAACUGUCUCGUCGCUUCCCUUCCGUGGCUUUGGCCAGAAUUCCUCGGUCAAUGCCAUUGCGAAAUACUCGGACGACAACUCCGCCGAAUCCAUUAUUUUUGGCGGCUCGUUCGACUCUUUGGGCUUGCCAGAGCUUUUAAUGCAUAACAUUACACUCAAUUCUACGUCACAGAAUCAUACAAAUUCAACAAACACCUCGCUUAUCUCGGCAGAGCAAGUUAUUUCUUUGAAACACGCUUCUUUCACCAACAUUAAUGCCGCUAGCAAUGGUGCUGAUCUUACUUGCCCUGGCCUGUCUAUUUGGAGCCUUCAACCGGCCUCUGGGGGGCAAUGGGUGGCUUCUCUUCCAUUAGAAAUGAGAGGUCUUUACCCUACUAAAGUAAGACUCACGGUCCCAGACUCGGGAGAAGAUGGGGUCAAAACCUUCCGGAUCUACACUUAUCCAAAUAAUGGUAUAAUGAACUUGACUUAUGUGGAUCCUGAAACCAAUGAACUUGCAUACUGUGACUCAGCAUGUCCACUUCUUCAAGCAUCGACGUUGAAAGAACACGUCAAUAACAAUAUCGAGGAUGAAGAGGACAUUACGGAUCCAGAAGGAGGCAUAUUUGUCAAUAAGGAUGGCUCGUUCGCCAUGUACUUCGAUGAAUCCACCAAUUCAAAGAACUUGGGCUAUGGCAGUAACUACCAAGAAUUUGCCUUCAUAAAUCAAGUGGGAGUGGACCUGGUUGGUCUCACUGUAACUGACUGGUACGGAUCUAAAGGUGCACUUGCUGGUUUUGAGUUGUAUCUGAACUCUAUCCGUGUGUAUGGAAAUGACACCUUAAACGAGUCCAAUUGCGGCGAUCAGUCCACUCACGACCUGAACGCGGCAGAAAUUAUUAGCGGGGACUGGAAAUCUGUCCAGGACUUGACUGAUGGCGUUACGGAUACUAGCUACAUGGUUUCUAUUGGCAACUCAUCGCAAGAAAUCGUGUUGUAUCCUAACAUUUCCUACUCGGGAGACUACUCCGUUCUCUUGUACACGCCGGGGUGCUCUGCUGAUGGCUCUUGUCAAAAAAGAUCAAUUGUAAAUGUCACCUUCAGUGAUGUCAAUGAUACUGUCCUUGCAUCCUCUCUCAUCUACCAGAACAAUCUUGAGCAAAAAUUUGAUUACUUGUUUUAUGGCCACCUUGAAGGUUCUUCCACAAAUGAGGGACGCAACAAGAUCAAGAUCCAGUACCACUCACCUAUUGAUCCAAGCGUGUCUGACCCCUGGAUGGUAAUUGAUAAAGUUGUGGCAAACAUUGUCUCUUUGGACGACUACUACAGUUCAAACUCCACGAAUUCUACGCAUAAUUCUAAUGUGACUAAGCAUAACAUUGAGAAGAUUUACUUGAAUGGUUUGUUUGAGUACUCGAUAGCGAACUUCUCCGAUUUUGAAGAGAGCUUGGUGUACUCCAAAUCAGGGGACGGCAUUGAGAUAAAGAAAACGAAUGUUUUUGUUGGCAACUCCUCUCUCAACGAAUUAAGUGGUAAGCUCUCUUCUGACACAAACAUAACGCAGAUGAUUUUGCAGAACUCGUCGGACAGCUCCAAUCUUUUAUUGCUUGGAAAGCUCGAGUCAAAGAAUGUAUCAUUGCUGAAUGAUAAUUUGAUUACUUUACAAAUCAAAGGAUAUAAUUCCACCUCCAAUUCAACUGAAGCAACCUUGAAGACAAGACUGUUGAUGAGAAGAGAUGUUGAAAUCUCCGGUCUCAAAUUCAACAAUACUAUCUCCUCGAUUAGCGACACGAAUACUGGAUACGUGGCACUAGGAAGCUUUAGUGCAACUGGUGAAAACAUCAAGGAUUUGUCAAACAGUAACAAAACUGUAUCCAGUGCAAAUAAUUUUGCUCUUAACAUUAACGGCGAGUGGUACUCCUUUGGAAAUGAGUACAUCAGCAAAGACUACACUCAAUUUGCAUCUGUUGAGCUCGAUGGCCACGAAUAUUUUGUAUUUUCAACUUCAGACGGUGAUUACAAAGUUUGGGACAAUACCGACAUGGAAUGGCCUAUGGAAUCAAAUUUAGACAUUUCCACCUCUCUCACACUUGAAAAAAGGAAUCAGCAAAUUUUGGGAGGAUCUUCAUUUGGUACAAUGGAUUACGAGGGCAAGAAUCAGGCAUAUUUCACAAACAAUAGUGACUUUAGCAGUUUGGGAUUUAACUUUACCGAUGGUCAAGUAUCUACCUCGUUCUUUGUCAAUGACACUUUUAGCGUUAUUGGGGGCAAGUUCCAAGCCAAUCUGUCCAUUAAAAACAUGGCAAUGGUCAAAAAGAAUAUUGGUUAUCCUAUCGGUGAUUUCAAAUGGGAUGAUGAUGCAGGAGUGAGUGUUCUUUACGUUGAUAACAAUGCUGAGUUUUUGUUCAUAGGAACGAACGGCAGUGUGGAUACAUCUUCGUCGAAUGUCACUGGCCUUCUUGUUUUUGAUUUGAACAAUUCGACUGCUGCUUCGGUGCAACCAGCUAGUCUUUCCACAAACGAUGAUAAGAACUUACUGGUAAAUGCCAUGGUGUUUUAUGACAACAACAAUCAGCUUCUUGUUGGUGGAAAUUUUGCUACGGCUGGAUCAUUAGAUUGUGCAGCUGCCUGCAUUUAUGAUAUUCCAAAUACAAGGUGGGUGAACCCAGCAACGAAUGAUAAUUCACUUUCCAUUGGUGGAUCAAUCAAUGACGCCAAAUUCAUGAGCUCACGCGAAGUUCUUUUAGCGGGUAACAUCACAUUGAAUGGAAACGGUGCCAAUUUUGCCAUAUACGACUUCGGGACUGGUUCUUUUGAAGAUGCUGGCAAGACCGUGAACGAUAUUGGAAUAUCCAACGAUGCUAUCAAAAAGUUCAUCAUCAAUGAUAGAGUUGACAAUGACUUGGACUUCAGAAUGGUAGCAUUUGGAAGCGGUUUCGUUGCCGGAUUUGAUGGCAAUAAAUGGGCGAAGGUCGACAGUGCCAUUGACUACAGUGAUGAAACUGAUUUUCAAGACUUGAAGCUUGUCGAGCUCAAAAACCCGAUUUCAAGUAAUUCUCGCCAGAGUUAUUUUGACAAAGAUAAGGCAGUAGUCUUGUCGGGAACCUUUAACAUCAGCAAGUAUGGGUUGGUCAAUGCUGCCAUAUAUGACGGAAACUCGUGGAUCCCGUACAUAUUUUCACAGGACCUGAAUGCAAAAGUGGGGUCCAUAAAUACGUUGCUAUUGGAGGAGGUUUACCGUUUUCAAUCAUCGAGUGACUUGAAGAAAGGCAAGAGCAAAUUGUCCACAGGAAAAGUUGUCGGAAUUUCGCUUGCAUGUGCCAUUGGAUCUACAUUUUUCCUUGGACUUUUGUACUUCAUUCCAUUGCUCUACUUGUUCAAAAGCUCUGAAAAAUCAGAGAAUGUCAACCAAAGAAUUCACGAGGAUGAGAUGAUGCAUGCUGUUAGGCCAGAAGACUUGUUCCACGAGAUAGACUUGCACAGAAACACUUAG